CCUCAUCUCCGCGGGAUCCGGGAGCUCUAGCCAGCCUGGGGCCGAGGCCGUCUGAUCCGCGAGUGAACAUGGCAGAGUGAGGUGGCUGGCGCCGGCUCGUAGUCGCCACUGCGCGCGCUGCUGGCCGCAUCCCCAGUUCACCUCCUGGUGGCUGCAGGUUAAUUUCGGAACCCAGGGCAGGGGAGACAGUGAGCGGGUGCUCUGGCCGGGUAGAAACGCGCGUGCGACUCGCCGGCUGCUGGAAGGACGCGGGAGAGCGGCGGUGUGCGGCUGCGGCGACGUACCGUGGGGAUGCACGGGCCAUGGAGCGGCCUCAGCGGGGCGCGCUGAGCCGGCUGGCGCUGCAGCGGGGGCGCUGCCGAAGCCCGGGGUCCAAGCGGCUUCGGGGUCUCGGGUGUCCUAGGGGAGUCGCCGCCGCUGCCUCCACGAAGGACAGGAGCCUCGAGUGGCGGACACUGCCGCAGUCGCCGCACUGAGGCGCCCGAGCCUGCUCCGCCGACAGUUCGGUGCGCUCUCGGCCCGCGGGCGCCUUGCCGGUUGCUCGGCGCGGUCGGCUGCCGGAGCCCGGUGCCGAGCAGUCUGGAGAGGUGCGCGCGCCUGUGCGUCUGGAGAUCUGGGCAGAAGCAGGAGCCGGCGGACCCGAGCAGCCAUGCUUCCCGGGGUGGGCGUGUUCGGCACCAGUCUCACUGCCCGUGUCAUCAUCCCGCUGCUGAAAGACGAGGGCUUCGCGGUAAAGGCGCUGUGGGGCCGCACGCAGGAAGAAGCGGAGGAGCUGGCCAAGGAGAUGAGCGUCCCCUUCUACACUAGCCGCAUCGACGAGGUGCUGCUGCAUCAGGACGUGGACUUGGUGUGCAUCAACCUGCCGCCGCCUCUCACCAGGCAGAUCGCUGUCAAAACCCUGGGCAUUGGCAAGAACGUCAUCUGCGACCGCACGGCCACGCCGCUGGACGCCUUCCGCAUGAUGUCGGCGGCCCACUACUACCCCAAGCUCAUGAGCAUCAUGGGCAACGUGCUGCGCUUCCUGCCCGCCUUCGUGCGCAUGAAGCAGCUGAUCGAGGAGGGCUACGUGGGGGAGCUGCUGGUGUGCGAAGUGCGGGUGCACGGCGGCAGCCUGCUGGGCAAGAAGUACAACUGGAGCUGCGACGACCUGAUGGGCGGAGGCGGGCUGCACUCGGUGGGCACCUACAUCAUCGACCUGCUCACCUUCCUCACGGGCCAGAAGGCCGUGAAGGUGCACGGGCUGCUCAAGACCUUUGUCAAGCAGACGGACCACAUCAAGGGCAUCCGCCAGAUCACCAGCGACGACUUCUGCACCUUCCAGAUGGUGCUGGAGGGCGGCGUGUGCUGCACCGUGACCCUGAACUUCAACGUGCCCGGCGAGUUCAAGCAGGACGUGACGGUGGUGGGCGCUGCCGGGCGCCUGCUGGCUGUGGGCACCGACCUGUACGGGCAGCGCAACAGUGAGGCGGAGCAGGAGCUGCUGCUGCAGGACGCCACGCCCGUGAGCAACUCGCUGCUGCCCGCCAAGGCCUUCAGCGACAUCCCCGCUCCCUACCUGCGCGGCACCAUGAAGAUGAUGCAGGCCGUGCGACAGGCCUUCCAGGACCAGGACGACCGGCGCACGUGGGACGGCCAGCCGCUCACCAUGGCCGCCACCUUCGACGACUGCCUGUAUGCACUCUGCGUAGUGGACACCAUCAAGAGGUCCAGCCAGACUGGCGAGUGGCAGAACAUCGCUAUCAUGACGGAGGAGCCCGAGCUGAGCCCCGCCUACCUGAUCAGCGAGGCCAUGCGCCGCAGCAGGAUGUCCCUCUACUGCUAGCGUGAACCUGGGGGGAUAGGGGAAACGCAUAGCGGGGGUGAAUAAACGUCAUCUGAGAAGGGGGACCCGAGCCGGGUGAGGGACCCCUGACAGUAUUGCUGGACUGAGCACUACCCCGGGAGUAUUCAGGAAGGCCUGCCAUCCCUGUGAUGCCCUGCUGGGUGUUUGCAGUAGAGGGAGGAGGUCGAGCAGCCCUGGCUGCCCUGCACUGUGAGAAGCAAGGAGGGGUUGCUUCCUUCCCUACCUCAUCCACCCGGGCCCUUGGCCUCCUGGAAGGCCAAAGUGUGUAUCUGAAGGCAAGCUGAUGUCACUAACAUGCCUCACAAUAUCUCCAGCAUGCCUGUUGGUCUAGGGAGGAGGUGCACGUUCCAGGAAGCCGCUUUUUAUUCUGCUUAAGGUAUCUGAAGGAAAAGGAGGUGGUAGCCAAGUGCAGUUUGGGGAUGGUGGCUCUUUGGCCCUUCACCUGCUGCCAUCAGGGAGCUCAAGCACGGCUGCCAGAGCACAGGUUCCCACAGGCUGCAAGGUGAGGUCACCAUAGCGAUGCAGGGAUGCAGAGAAGAACUGUCCCUCUGGGCUCGACCUCAGUGGGACAAACACAAAGAGCUUCCCUGAAAGGGUGGGAGAGAGGAAGCAGUGGUCAUCACUACCCGCUCUCCAGGCAGCCCAGACAACGCCACACUGCAAGGGGGUCUUGCUACGAGAGUUCAUUUGCUGCCCUUUAGUACUGGGAACAGCCAUAGGCCUCUGUGUCCCAGUGUGAAUUCUCAAACUUGCAGCGGGCUUUAUGACCCACCUCUAGUUAGGAGUUGUACCCAGCUUUGUGGAUGGAAAAGAGAAGCCUUCACUUCCACUCAAAUCGAAUUCCCUUCACUAAUUGAGAAGAGGUGAGGUUUUCAUUUGCUUUAGCCCUGGCUCUCAGGAUGUGGGUGCCUGAAAACAUCUGAAAAGAUACUAAGCAAAAUGACAGCGAGGAACAUAGUUUUCAGGAUUUCUAAAUUGGAGGUAUAGGGAUCUCAGAGGGGGAAGAAGUCUAAUGUUGCAAAAAUUUCUCGUACUUGCUCUCUGUUGUUUUCUUUUUCCCUUUACAGAGAUUUCAUGAGUGACAGAAAGCCCGAGCCAAAAGGAAUACCUGGUCGCCUGCACACACACACGCAUGCGUGCUGUGAUGCUUCCUGUCAUGAAGGGGCAUGGACAGCAUCAUUUAAAAUUCAGAUCUGGUGUUGAAAGAAAGCCUAAGUCAAGUACAUUUUGAAACUGAGGUGUUGUAUUUCUAACUUUUCAUGCCCCAUAAGCUGUUUGACAAGGCUGGAUGCGGGUGCUGUUCCUUAUAAGUCAUACAACCUUCGUUCACAGACUCACCGAAGUCACAGUGUAGUCUUUGGCGUAGAGUUUGGACUUCUUCGCAGAUAGCCAGCAGUAGAACUAGAGGGAAUGUGAAAGAUCUGGAGCCCACCCCUAGCCUUAAUCCAAAAUGGCAACACCUAAAGGCACACAGCCGACCAGUUGCAUCCUCCAUCCCCCCACCAACCCCACACCCCCACCCCGGGGUCCACACAUGUCAAAGCCCCGGCUACUCACAGGCACACCGUGGAUGUUCCAAAUACCAAAGGGAGCUCACUCAUCGUCUAGGAUGAAGGAGUAAGGAUGGCUCACUCGUGUGCCCUGGCCUUGCUGCUACAUAGCAGAGUGAGUCAGCUGAGACUCUCCGUGGCUCAUCAUGGCCCCUAGUUGGUGGACACGUCAUGGCCAGCAUUUCCAGUUGUGCUGUGAUCACUUGUCUGGGUGAAGUGAAAGUAGCUAACCCCAUAGGCCUCAUUUUUCUAAGGCGGAUAUUCUUGGGGGUUCAAUUUUAUGUUUGUGAGCCUCACUGAUACUUGAGUGAUUCCCAAAGGCCUCAGGGCUCUGUGAUACAUAUUCAGUGUCUGAAACAAAAAUUGUCAUUCAAGGCUGGGAGAUAUAAAAAGAAUAGACUUUAAAGGAAGCAUGAAAAAAAUUUUAGUAAGUGUACUCAAAUUCUAGCUACUGAAAUGCAUGUAGUAAGUAGAUGUAGGAACAAGGAAGAAUUAGGACCUAGGCCAUUCAUUUUUUUUCUAGCAGAAGAAUGACAGCAAUGGGGAAGAGAUUUUUUUUAGUGUUCUCACUACUCCUGUCUUACCAUGUGCAAAGCCUUGGCCAGGAGCAGCAGAGGCUGAAACUGUAAGCACUCCCCAAAGGGAGAAUGUCUCAAGCCCAGUACACUUGAGGACUUGGGAGUCACCCCUAACUUUGACUUCAGACUAAGUCCCAGCAAUAAUCCAGCCCCUUUCACUUUCCCAUGUUUCAAGGGCCCAGUGGACACAGCAUGGUAUUGUGUCCCCCUGGCCUAGCUUGUGCCUGUUUUUAUGUAGAUGCUGCUUUUGCUAUUGGUCAGGGCUUUGUCUGAGUUAUCCACAAGUGUUUGGGAAGUUGCAGGCUUAUUUGGAAAGUUCGGAGUCUGUGACCACUGUCAGUUUCCCUAAGACUUUUCCCCUCCCUGGGAAAAUGGCCCUGUGGAAGGCCUUCCAUGUACCUUAGCAUACCUAGUCACAAACGCCACUGUGUUGGGUUACCUGCACUCCACAGGAGCAGUCUUGGCUGGCCGGCCAACCCCAAGACUUCCCCACUAUAUGCACACAUGCAAGCACAUGAGCUCGUGUGGUCCAUGAGCUGAUGCUGGAGGGCUGGGGACAGCCAUGCUCUUGACACAGGAGAAAGUAACCUGGCCGGAGUCGCACGACUGGCAAGCAGAAGUAGGCUCACUUAAUCCACAGACUUUCUUCUUUCAACACAAUUUGGGCUUUGGUGGCUUUGGUGUGAAGAGCUCUCCAUGUCCAACCCCAGGGCAAAUGGGUUAGUGCUGUAAUAAGAGUAAUGGGACCUCUACAGCCUCCUACUGAGCAGGCAGCACCUCUCAGCCUCCGCCAGUAGGUUCCUAAAGCUGGAAACAGAAGUAGUCAAUUCUUUCUUCCCCUUCCCAAAUGAAAUUAUCACUCAGCUUCUUUUAAAAUGGAUUUUCUACAUCAAUUUUUGAUUGUAGGUGACCAAGCAAACCCCCAAGUUGGAGAUUUUCAAAGCACUGGAGUGAUAGAUGGUUGUGGACCUGCAGGGGCCCAAGUGUAGUGGAGAACCUUUUCUCAGGGAGUUGGGCUAUGAAGGUUCAUUUGCCACAACUUGGACUUCAGCUCUGUGUUUGAACCCUUUCAGUCCUUGCUCUCUUCAUCUGGCCUGGUAGCUGCAAUAAUGAUUUGACCUGUGUUUACAAGUUAGCUGCUGAGCACAGGAGGAAAUCAGCUGCUGAUGAUAACCUAGGCUGAAGAAAAUGCAGGUGUAUGGGAAGGGAUUUCAGAGUCUGCUAUCAUCAGUCCUUGAAUUUUAGAUCCCGGAAAGAAUAGGUGAUGCCCUGAGCUCAGCUCACUUCCUCUGUGUUAGGAAACCCAGCUCUACAGCCCACCUGCUGCAUGCUUCUGAGCUUUCAGGUGGAGACAGGAGACUCCAAGAGGGGAGUGACUGGGCUGGAGGUCCCUUGGCUCGUUGGUAGAGAAUUUAGUUUUAGGCAUCAGAAGUGCAUCAGACUGUUUUCUCUGAGCUGUUGCAGGAGCUCUCUUGUGUUUUGAAUGUACUUGCUAGUUGUUUACCCUUUUCCAUCAUGACUGUAGUGUUACCCCUUGUCUCUAACUUGUAUUUUAUUUGGCAAGGGUGGGGCAUACAUUCGGAUGUUCAGCUUUGGGUUGAAGUAUAUUGCCCCUCUUCCCUGUGACCGGAUACAAAUGUAGGCUGUGAGCAGCUACCCGCUGCUUGUCACACUCCACCCGCUGGCUGUCAAAGCUCUGGAGUUCACAGGAUGGAAGUCAUGACAUUGGGGAACUUGUUGGAAAACAAAAUCAGCUAAUGAGAAGCCUACAAUCUGGUUCCAUUUUGGGGCAAGGGAAGAGGGCUAGGAAGGUCCCAGAGGCCUCCUGGUCUUCUGGCACUACUGGCCUGGCCCACCCCACACAUAGAGGCAAAGGAUUGUCCAGGGUGCCCACACUUCUCCCUUGUGCUUCUUUGAAAGGGAUGGUUUUAGUGGUCCUGUCAAAGGCUGGCCUGUAAGCCAGUGCAGUAUCCAAGUGAUCACAGCUAGGAUGUGAAGGUCCUAGCCUAUUGGCCCUUUUCUCCUCUACAUUGUACUCCCUAUUGCUGGAGCCCUUGAAGGGCCUCCCAAGAGGCUGGCUGUCUCCUUCCAGCUCCAGCUCUGGAAGAAUUGCACUACCAAGUACCCUCAAAUGUGGCCAUCCCCUGGGGACAUACCAACAACGCACAGAGUGAGACAAAGCACCUACUAAGUGCAACGGCUCGAUGCUUCACUCCACAGUCAGAGCCCCGCUGGGCACGGAGUGCACAUUAGCCGUGGAGCCUUGUGUCCCUACCUCUCCCCUUCCCAAUACUCCCUGCUGUCCUCUGCAGCCACACAAGGGCUAAGUUACUCACAGAGUCCCUUGGUUUCUCCUUGCAGACACAACGACUCACUCGUUUUGCCAAGCGGAAUCCCAGGUUGGGAGACAAAGCUGUGGCCUGACCCGUUCCUUUAUGCUGCCCUGUGCCUUGUUCACAGAAGGGAAAAGUAUCUUGCAAUUACAGUUUUCUGUUUGCUGCCUGGUGCUUUUCAUUUGUUUUGUGUGUAUAUGUUUGGGUUUUUUUUUUUUUUUUUUAACCAAAAUUGCAUCAGUUUGGUUGUCCUUGUCCAGUAUAUAUUUAUUGUGGUCUACAAACAUGAGUAUAUAUAUGUAUGUAAAUGUAUAAAAAAGCAAACAUAUAUAAAAAGUCAAGGCAUGUAUACUAGAUAUUUUAAAGAGUUAAUUUAUCAAGGGAAAAAGAUGUGUGUUAUAAAGAGUCUAUAUUUUAUAUAUAAUGUAGAUAGCAAAAAUAGCUUAUAAAUUAUAGGCUUUGGUUUUUCUUUUUUUAUUAUUAAAGCAACAAAACAAAACAAAGGACAAUGCAACUGCUGUUAGUGUUUUAAAGGCCAAACUACUGUGGGAGGUGGCCUUCCUGCGUCCGCCAGGGGCUUGGGCUCUGCUGCCCUGGCUCCUGCCAGAUGCCCUUGUUACCUGUGUGAUGGCUGGGUGUGGGACGCCCUCGCAGCCAGAUGGCCUGGGCUGGCCUCCAGCUGCUUUCCGAAGAGUGCGGUGGUGGGGUAGAAGGACACAAGUGGCAAAUAAAGAU